AUGGGGGCAUGCCCUACUUUGAUGAUCUUCCUCGUUUCUUCACUAUUUCUUGUCCUUCCAAAUCUCGAAGUCAUUAACGCCUUCGGGUGUACCGGACGCUACUUCAACGGUAGCAGCAGCUACGGCCAAAACCGCGAGAGUCUCUUCUCUAUUCUUGCUGAAAAAGUCGUCGACAAUGGUGGAUACUACAACGGUUCACUCGGCGAAAGUCCCGACAGAGUUCACGUUCUUGCCCUCUGCGCAAGAGGCUAUGAGCGACAAGCUUGUAUCAGUUGUCUCGAAUCAGCGAAGGGUAUACUAGAAAAUUGUCAACAGCGAAAUUCGUUCAUGUGGGGUGGCGCCGAGAAAAACACGAUUUCUUGUCUUGUACGUUCCUCAAACCACUCUUUUGGGAACCUCGAGGUUAUACCUGCUGUUAGACACCAAAGCCCACUUAGUCUGCAGUCUAAAAACAUGACCAUUUUCGAACAAGAAUGGAAUGCAAUGGCUAAUGAGACCAUCAAGGCUGCCGCAGAAGCUGAAAAUUCGUUGGUACUUAAGUACUAUAGUGCCGUAAAAGCCGAGUUCACGGAGUAUCCAACAGUUUACAUGCUUAUGCAAUGCACACCCGACAUAACCUCCAAAGAUUGCAAGACGUGUUUGAAAGAAGGCGUGUUGCUUUUUAAAAAGCUGUUUUGGGAUACACAAGGAGGCACUGUUAAUUACCCCAGCUGUUUUUUCAGGUGGGAUUUAUAUCCUUUUCUUGAUGCUUUUGGUAAUUUAACAAGCAUUCCUGCGCCUCCUCGGCCUCCCGCUCAGAAAAAAGGGAGCUCUAUAAUAGACGACAAGAAAGAAAGAAGUAUAUUAAAUGGCGGAAUUAUAACAAUAAUUGUUGUUUUUAUCUUCAUUAAUGUUUUGGUUUUUAUCGGCUUUAUCAAAGUCCAUGCACGAAGGAGAAAAGCAUACAAAUUACUCAAUGGUAGUGCACCGUACUCUGAUUCUGAUGGUCAGAUUAUGUUACGGUUUGAUCUUAGUAUGCUCUUAGCGGCAACCAAUGAUUUCUCGUGUGAAAAUAAGCUUGGCCAAGGUGGAUUUGGUACGGUCUAUAAGGGAACAUUAUUUAGCGGUAAAGAGAUAGCAGUAAAGAGAUUAAAAAAAGGUUCAGGACAAGGAGAUAUAGAGUUCAAGAAUGAGGUUUCACUAUUGACAAGACUCCAACAUAGGAAUCUUGUUAAGCUUCUCGGGUUCUGUAAUGAAGGAGAUGAAGUGAUUCUUGUCUACGAGUUUGUCCCCAACGCAAGUCUUGACAACUUUAUAUUCGCUGAGGAGAAGCGUUCACUUCUUACAUGGGAGUUGAGAUAUAUAAUUAUAGAAGGCAUUGCUCGAGGUCUUGUUUAUCUUCAUGAAGAUUCUCAGCUGAAGAUUAUUCACCGAGACUUGAAGUUGAGCAACAUCCUUUUGGACGCUGAGAUGAACCCUAAAGUUGCAGAUUUUGGGACAGCCAGAUUGUUUGACACUGACGAGACUCGAGCUGAAACAAAAAAUAUAGCUGGAACUCGUGGAUAUAUGUCUCCUGAGUACCUGAAUCACGGGCAAAUCUCAGCUAAAUCUGAUGUUUAUAGCUUCGGUGUUAUGCUUCUAGAAAUUAUAAGUGGUGAAAGAUGCAACAGCUUUGAAGGAGAAGGCAUUGCAGCUUUUGCAUGGAAGAGAUGGGUUGAAGGAAAGCCUGAGAAUAUAAUUGACACUUUCUUGAUAAGGCAACCAAGAGACGAGAUCAUCAAGUUGAUACAAAUUGGUUUGUUGUGUGUUCAAGAGAAUGCAGCAAAGAGACCAACCAUGAGCUCUGUGAUCAUUUGGCUUGGCAGUGAUACUAUUAUCAUUCCUUUACCUAAUGCUCCUGCUUUCACUGGAAGUCUAUCCCAAUCUGAAAGUAGUACAAUGUCAAUGAGCAGCGAUGUCUUCACGGAGUUGAGUUGUCGUUGAG